ACAAGCGGAUCAAGGUGGCCAACCCGGUGGUGGAGAUGGACGGAGACGAGAUGACGCGGAUCAUCUGGGCCUUCAUCAAGGAGAAGCUCAUCCUGCCCAACGUGGACGUCCAGCUGAAGUAUUUUGACCUGGGCCUGCCUCACCGGGACAAGACGGACGACCAGGUCACCAUCGACUCGGCGCUGGCCACCCAGAAGUACAGCGUGGCUGUGAAGUGUGCCACUAUCACGCCAGAUGAAGCCAGGGUGGAAGAGUUCAAGCUGAAGAAGAUGUGGAAGAGCCCCAACGGCACCAUCCGAAACAUCCUGGGGGGAACGGUCUUCCGGGAGCCCAUCAUCUGCAAGAACAUCCCCCGCCUGGUGCCUGGCUGGACCAAGCCCAUCACCAUCGGCAGGCAUGCCCACGGCGACCAGUACAAAGCCACCGACUUCGUGGUGGGCAAGUCCGGGACGUUCAAGAUGGUCUUCACGCCGAAGGACGGCAGCGGGACGAAGGAGUGGGAGGUGUACAACUUCCCCGGCGGUGGUGUGGGCAUGGGCAUGUACAACACGGACGAGUCCAUCUCGGGCUUCGCUCACAGCUGCUUCCAGUACGCCAUCCAGAAGAAGUGGCCUCUCUACAUGAGCACCAAGAACACCAUCCUGAAGGCCUAUGACGGGCGCUUCAAAGACAUCUUCCAGGAGAUCUUCGAUAAGCACUACAAGACGGAGUUCGACAAGCUGAAGAUCUGGUACGAGCACCGGCUCAUCGACGACAUGGUCGCCCAGGUGCUGAAGUCCUCCGGCGGAUUCGUCUGGGCGUGCAAGAACUACGACGGGGACGUCCAGUCAGACAUCCUGGCCCAAGGCUUUGGCUCCCUGGGGCUGAUGACUUCUGUCCUGGUGUGUCCGGAUGGGAAGACCAUCGAGGCCGAGGCGGCCCAUGGCACCGUCACCCGCCACUACCGGGAGCACCAGAAGGGGCGACCCACCAGCACGAACCCCAUCGCCAGCAUCUUCGCCUGGACGCGUGGCCUGGAGCACCGGGGCAAGCUGGACAGUAACCCGGAGCUGAUGAAGUUUGCUCAGACACUGGAGAAGGUCUGCGUCGAAACGGUGGAGAGCGGGACGAUGACGAAGGACCUCGCCGGCUGCAUCCACGGCCUCGCCAACGUGAAGCUGAACGAGCACUUUGUGAACACCACCGACUUCCUGGACGCCAUCAAGAACAACCUGGACAAGGCCCUGGGCAAGCAGUAG